AUGAUAUCGUUAAAAAAGAUCUUUAUUGAUGAACAACCGCGUGAAGCUGGUACUCACUUUCCAUCUUUUGUUAUCAUUGUCACCAUCGUUCAAAUAGCAUUAUUUAUAUAUAUUAUUGUUUAUAAUAAAGGUCUAACUUCAAUGUAUGAAAAUCCAAUGGCUGGACCAUCGAGUCUAACAUCAACUCGUAAUGGUGCGAAGUUUGUUCCUUAUAUAUCCUUUACGAAUAAAACGUGUACAUACGAAGAAUAUCUUUGGUAUGUAUGUAAUACCAACAACUUAAAAGGCUUUCCAUAUCAAGUUUAUCGAUUGUUUAUACCAAUAUUUUUGCAUGCUGGUAUCAUUCACUUAGUCUUAAAUUUAGUAAAUCAACUGGCAAUAGGAAUUAUGUUAGAACACAAAUUCAAUUCCAUUCGUAUUAGUAUUAUAUAUAUCUUGUCAGGUAUUGGUGGUACACUGCUAAGCGCAAUUGGACUUCCUCAAUAUUUUAACGUGGGAGCGUCGGGAGCAUUGUAUGGGCUUCUGGCUGUUUAUUUCAUGGAUACGAUUCGCAACUGGGAAAAUUUGCAGAAGCCCUGGCUCAUUCUAACUUUUCAAGGAAUUUUUAUCAUUGCUUCAUUAAUCAUAGGCAUAUUCAUUCCAAUAGUGGAUUAUAUGGCGCAUAUUGGAGGAUUUCUAUUAGGAAUUCUUAGUGGCUUAGUUAUAUGUCCGAAUUUGUAUUGGAAUAUUUGUAAAUAUGACAGUCCAAUUCAACCGAAAUUGAUUAUCAUGGCAAUUUCAUCGAUGUUUAUAAUAGCAUUUUUUCUUGGGGGAUUCAUCGGAUUUUUUCGAACAACUGCUCCUGUGUAUUGGUUGAAGUGA